UUUGAGUAUUUACAGCUGAGAGGCUACACUGCUCUUUGUUUCUGUACUUCAAGUGUUGAGGGCUUUGUGCUGGGUGAAGGAAUAUUUCCAAGUGUGCUUCUACCCUGGAGUGGCAGAAACAUGAUUAUCACUGUUUGUUUUUUUUCCUAACCACCACUCUUCUUUGAACAGUUUUCAGGAGAUUCCGAUGCAGGAAAAGCUAUCUCAGUCUGGUGGCUGAGCUGAGAGCUCAGGCACAGCGGCAACAGGAGGAGGCAGAAAGGGAAAGAUGUCAACAACUGGCAAUGGAAGCAGAAGCCCAGAAACGAAUCUCCUUCCCAGUCCCCGUGCCACGGAAGAGACGCCCUCUGCCUUGUCCCCGUCCCCAGACUGCACCUGACACGCUAUCGCAGCCACCCGUGCCACGGCCACGCAGCAAGCUAACAGAGUUUACUCCUUUUGAUAACUUCCUGCACCUAUCUGGGCCUCGCCCUGUUAUGGGGACAAAGGAGCAGACAGGAGAAGAGGCGAAAAUGAAACAACUCAAGAGAGGAGCAACUCUCCGCUGGUUCAGAGAGACACAAGCCCAGAAAGUCAUGCAGGACGAUGGGGCUUUUCCAAGCUGGCUAUAUGGGAUGAUCAGCCGAAGGGAAGCUGAAAACUUGCUGAUUGCCAAGCCUUUGGGUUGCUUCCUUGUUCGGAUCAGCCAGAGCCGACCAGGCUACACCCUGACGUACAGAGGUGAAGGCCGCUGCAGGCACUACAUGAUAGAGAUGCAGCCCAAUGCACGCUAUGUGAUCCUGGGGGAAGACCGGGCCCAUACCUCACUCACUGAACUGGUGCGGUAUCACCAGACUGUGGGCAUUCAGCCCUUCAUGGAGAUACUGACUGUUCCCUGUGGGCAGAAAAGCAGUGAGAGUCUGGAUUAUGAAGACCUGGAGUGCCUCACACUGACACACUCCACAAGCACAGAGGAGAGCCUUCCCAAGGAGCAGCCUUGUCCUCCAGGACCUCCCACUGGCAAGUCCACUCUGCAGGCAGAAGCAGCUACGAUUCUCAGACCCCUGUGGUUCAGGAGGACAAAGAAUUACGAAGAGCAACAGAGCCUGGACAAAGGCAGAGAAAAGCAAAAGUUAAGCAAGGAGGGAGACAACCAGCGGGCUUUUCCUCGCCUUCAUUCUUCCAUACGCAUGGCAAUGCAAGAAAUCCAGAAGUCCUCUUCUGCUUCCUUGAAUGGCUUUAGCUGCAGUAAAGCCCUCCACGUUGAGGAUGCACAGCCCAAGUGACAAGGUCAGAGUGGCUCAGCCAUAUGCUCCUCCAGUGUUGCUGGGCCUUGCACAGCUGGGUGAAUAUAUGCAGACAUACAGCAGCCUUUUUUAUUACACAUUUUUUGCUGCACUCAGCUGGGACUUUACCUUUGGACAGGACUCCUGCAGAAGUGAAUGUUCUUCAACACUUGGAUGGUCUCAGUGGCUGAGACUGCAGCACAUGGACCAUCCUGUCAAAGGGGAUAAGAUGGGAACAGUCACACUCUGCCCGGAUUCGCAGUGCCUGACGGCCUGUGUGUCAUUACUUUAACAUGCCUGGAGACCCCCUCACCUGUUAACAAUCACAAACUGGAUACUGCAAUAAUGUGUUCACUCACAGCUACCUCUACUGAUUUCCUACCUGUUUCUGUUCAGGUAUUCCCUGUUUUCUUUUAUGGUUCUAUCUAUCUGCUGCCCUGGGUGCUAAGGGAAGCUGGGCUUGAGUGGUAAGGAAUGAAAGUGCUGUGUCCAUUUUGUUGAAUGCAGCAGUAUUUGAACAUGAACUGACACGAGACCAGAUGUAUGUGCACAUGGAAUUUCCUGCCCAGUGUCAUCCUGGCUUGCUGCCUCCCAUCCCUCCACCAGAGCUCAAGUGAGCUUUUCUUCUUCAUCUGCAAGCAUGGGAAGCAUCGCGAGUUUGGGCUGCAGAAUAUGCUUCUGUACACUGAGGGGAAAGAGCUUGGGAAGAUGUUAAGGCAAUGCUACUUGAUAUGUGUUUUCUACCUUUUAAAAAAAUCUCUUAAUGUUUUUACAAAAA